CUCUUACCAAGCUCGCUGUUAGGGAGGGUCUGCAUGUGGGGAACUUUGCGAACUCCGUUUUCUGGACAGAGUCUCUAACGAGGGCGAAGUUGGGGAAGGUGACAGGGGAUGCAGCCAUCGCUGCUCGUUUCCUCACCGGGCCUCAAAGUGAUUUUGAUUCGUCGGGAAAUUUUGACAGGUUUCGUCUUCCCCUUCCUUCCAUUGUUGUUUGUCAGGCCGCCAUUCACAGGGUCUGCUACUCUUUCUCUACCGUCUCCGUCCCCUUGUUUCUCAUUCGGCUCCUGGUGUGUGACCCGAAGUGGCAAACAAGUUCGGUUUUGUCUGCUUGAGAACGUUUGGUGGUGACUUUCGCGAUUUUCUUUAACAAAUCGAGUUUGAUGAGCAAAGACGACGCAGGGUCUCGUCUUCAAUCCGAGAGGAAAAUGGAUGACACUGGGUUUUGGCAACAACGGGUGCAUGGAGAAUAGGAGUAGUUUUCAUCGUUCCCUCGGUUAGUUCUGGAGGUACUGAAGAAGAAAGUUUUGAGCAUUGAGGCAGGGUCAGUCCGUGCGACCAAAAAGUAGUUCAGUGUUACUUGUGGAUUCGAACGUGGAAGUGAUACGGAUGCUGCUUGUAUGAGAGACCUGCACGUGAUGGUAGAAGAAGAAAGUCUGCGUGCGACCGAGUAUCAAGAAGAAAAAAAUAGGUCAUCUCAGGUAGAAAUAAUGCGAGUUUAGCUCGAUAGAUCAAGAGGUGGAUAUCCAAAACAAUUUUCUGUUGUCAAAAUGUGAAUAGGAAAAUAGUGGGUGCUUCUGUGUGGUUGCCGACAACAUGUAUGUAACAGAAAUCAAACACAAAUACUUUUCUCGGGAGAGUUCUGAGUUUGCAAGUCCUCCCACGGGGAGUUUGAGAAUCUUCCUGUGAACCAAAUCCCGUCAGCAUCAUUUCUCGCCAGGAGUGAGGUCAAGACCAGGGGUCAUGUCUACUGCACCAACAGUGGCGCUGUCGAUGACGUUCGCCUUGUCGCCAACGUCUCCUGUGACGAUGGAUGACGCGGCGAUAAACAACAGACAUCGCGUUCGGCGCUCACCACCACCACCAUCACCAUCACCACAACAACCACUCUAUCCUCCGGAGGUCUCCAUCGCUGCCGCCGCUGCCAGAACUGAGUCAGUUAUCGUCUCUCCACUUCCCUCGCUCCCCUCCCGUCCUUCACAGGUCCACGUCUCAUGCAGCGGCGUCUUCCCCGCGAGUGGUCGUGGUCCCCAGGUCGCCAACUCCUCCCCCGCUCCGCCGGUCGUCGGAGCUCACGAUGUCCGCGAGAAACGGCGAGACAAUGCUGUUAUCGCCAGCAGCCCUGUCCCUCGCUCCUUAUCCUCCGCCGUCCAACUUGUCCUCCAAACCCCCGCAUGCGCCGUCUGUGCGUCGCUCCGCAUCGCACGUGUCAGCGUCCUCUCCACGGGUCGUCGUCGUCGUAUCCCGAUCACCCUCCCCGAACUUGGGUUCGAUCACAGCCUACAACCACCCGGCGAGAUUCCGGCGCGGCCAGGCCGUUGCCACGUCGACGUCAUCGCCGCCUGCAUCGGCACCCGUAGUGACGUCAUCCCGGGAAGACCCGACGAACUCCGAAAACGGACAGGAGGGAUCCUUCCCAGCAUCUCCCUCGUGGCCUCGGAGGGCUUCGGAACCGCACGUGGAACGACCGCUGUCCACACCCAGGACCCUGCUGUCGAGGUCGCUGAGUGCAGAAUCCUCAUCACCUGUAGCAGGAGGCCACAACUCAACUCGUCAGUCCUCAGUUUCGGUCGUCACGACGACGGGAGAGACGAAAUUUUUCUCUCUCUCCUCAUCGCCGUCUUCGUCCGAAGCCCCUACCCGUCAUUGUCUGUGAUUCAGCAGCUGUUAUCUUUCUUUCACCUCAACCCCCCCUUCAUUUUUGGAGAGAAUCAGAUGAGCAAGAAAGAGAUUUUGGCCAAGUAUCGGGUUCACAUCUUCGUGGUCGCCAUCUUCAUCAUCAGCGUGCUGUUCAUCUCCCUGGGCUGGUUCUACCGAGACAAGACCGAGCAGGAGGACUCGGCCCGCCAGAAGAUAUUCCUCGACCCCAGGAAGCGGAUACUGACCCUGUCUGAUGGUCAUGAUGAGGUCAGUGUCUUGCUGGGUCAGGACAUCCCGCAGUGGCAGCUGCCCAUGCACUGUCAGCUGGUGGAGGAAGACAACCCCAACUCCAAAGAAUGUUUGUGGAAAAACAACGCCGUGGUGCGGGUCAACUUCUUCCAGGAGCGAGUCGAUGGAGGGACGGACACAGUGGGAUGCUACAAUGUAUCCUGGGAAACCCUGAGAUCCUCCGUUGUUCCUUACGACUGCUUCAACCUGGGCACCGCCGAGUGGUACGGGCCGUCCAACCAGUCAGACGGCACGUGGCCCGUACAGGGAAACUUCUCCUACGUGCCCACCCCGUACCGAAUGGGCAACAACGGCGUCUUCAGCAACGUCUUUCAACCGUACUGGCUGUCUUCCACAGGGGUGGGUCUGCUGCUCAAUGCUGACGAGCCAAUCACCUUACAAUGGAAUACUUCGCGGCCCGGUUACCUGUGUGUUGUGUCUAACUACACUGGGCCUCUCUACGGACAAACAUAUCAAAGCAGGCUGCCCUUCCUUAACUACACCAUCUGUAACGGUCAAGAUAUUAACCAGACUCACCGAGUAAUGAAAACGCUCGUACGUGGAGCGACACCUGUCGACCUCAUUCCGAGGGAGGUUAUAUUGAACCCCAUAUGGUCAGCUAAGGAGUUAGCCGGCACGGAGCGUUAUAACGAGACCCACAUUCAAGACUUCGUCACCAAACUGAAGACGAAUGGCAUGAACUGCAGCUUGCUGGUGAUGGACGGGGACUGGCAAGAUAAGCACGGCGACUUGACCUUUGACCCUGCUCGCUUCGCAAACUUGGCUAACCUGACGGAGUUACUUCAGACUGCGUGCAGCCUCUCUCUGGAGGUCACCCCUUACUUUGACUACCGCUCCGUGGAAAACUUCCACACGGUGGUGGAGAACUUCUUCGUGCGGGACGACGGUGGACGGGUGCCGGGCCUGACCCGCUACCGCCAGACAAGGCCGGCGCCAUGGUGGACGUCACGCGACCGGAAGCACGCACGUGGUUCGGCAACUCCAUGAAACCGGUGCUGGACUUGGUCAAGCCUCGGAGCUUGAGGCUGGCCUACGGUCAGGAUGGAUGGCUGCCUUACCGCCCAACCUUCUCCGACCCGACCCUAUCGCUGCAAGGGUUCAAGCAGCUGGUGGGAGACUCGCUGUUUGACCCCAAGAGGGUUCUGAUCCAAGACCAUGCGGUCCUAUCCAAGCGCAGCCCGGGGCUGGUGGCGGUCAUGACUGACGUGGUGCGGAAGGACAACCGGCUGUGUCUGGACAACGCCAUCCAAAAGGCCCUGACGCUUGGCAUGCUGGGAUAUCCAUAUGUCCUGGCGGAUGGAUUGUCCGAGCACCUGACCGACUCUCCCCGAUCUUUUCAUCCGCUGGAUGCAGAUGGCGGCUUUCUUCCCAGCAUUUAAGUUUUCCUGGGCUCCCUGGUCGCAGUCAGAGGACGCUCUGAACCAGGCCAAGAACCUCAGUCUCCUGCACUCCACCCUCGUGAUGAGCACCAUUCAGUCUGAGAAAGUCGCCAGGGACGUGGGGGCCGGCCUGCCCAUCCUGCGGCCUGCCUGGUGGCUGGACCCAGCAAACCAGACUGUCCACGCCAUGGGUUUGAAAGACGAGUUUCUAGUGGGAGACGAACUACUUGUCGCACCCAUUCUGUGCGAAGGGGUGACAGUGCGGGACAUAUACGUCCCUCCUGGGGUCUGGGGAGACCGGUUGAAAAACAACAUCCUCGUGCAAGGCCCAAAAAUUUUGUACAACUAUCGAAUAGAACUGAACGAAGUCGCUUAUUUUGUUCGAAUGAAAGUGUACAAUGGAAAGGAGCGUUAAACUUCAGCUGUUGUUGUUGUUAUUAUUAUUUGUUCAUGACGUCUUUUCGUUUUCGACUGUGCAGAAAUGUUUAUGUUAGGACAUUUCGACAAAGGUUCGACCAAGAAAGUCGAAAUACGAUCAGACUGCUGUGCCACUGAAAAGACUGGUUUUGAAGCAAAAAUUGUUGAAAAAGACAGACUUGUGGUUCAUAGCUCACAGAACCGUGUAUACGUUCCGGUGAACUGUCGAGUCUUAAUGGGUUCUAUUACACUUAACAAGCAAAAGAAUAAUUUUUUUUUUUUUUUAACAAUGAUGCAUUUACUAUCUGCUUUUAAUGCAAUUUUUUUUUAUUAGAAAUUAUCAUGUUGAGAUAAAAUAUUUGAAUGAGAAGUAGAAUUAGUAGAUUAUAAUUGCGCCGAGGACAAAUUGAAACUUGAAAAUCUUGACGCGCACCGUCGCCAGUAGAGUAUGUAAAUACUUCUUACCUGCUCAGGAACCAAAGGGACCACAAGGAAUCGCAUGCUAGGACCAGGUGUGAAAUCACAACGAGGUAGAAGCACUUUCCCGUUUAAACCAGCUCGCAAUGACAGGCUAAGUAGCCAGCAAUUGUUCUUAGUAUGAAUGACCCAAACAUUGAGAAUAUUGAAAAAUAGUUUUUAGAUGUCUAGACAUUAUCAUAUUUUAGGCGGAUUUUUUUUUUUUUUUUUUUUUUUUUUUUUUUUUCUCAAGUGGAUAACGUAUUUGUUGUGAAAAUGCAGUCCGAUCGUGUUUGAUAUGAUUACUUUUCGAGUUUGUUAGAACAGGUCUUGUCACGAUGAGAGCCAAUUAAAGAAAGAUUUACACUUUUACAGGAUUUUCAUGAAAAUUUUACCCAAAACGAAAUAAAGCACCGAUACUACACACACCGUAGUAUCCUCGGUUUCUGUUUAAAAUUUAAUCAGACUUAAAACGAGAUGGAGAGGUAAGUGAGAAUGAGAUGUAUGUCGGAUGCAUACUUUGUCUCAUGCAACGAUUUCAGCUGAAAUGGUUCAGAGUUCAAAAUCUGAGUGAGAAAGCUGAGAAAACGGGAAAGUUCUUAGAAAUGAUUUCAGAGUUUACUCAAACAAGAAGACAAUCUGAUCCAAGGAAAGAACCAGAACAAGACUAAAUUCUGUGGAUUGUUGCCACCUGUAGGAAAGCUACGUAGUCUGCCUGGAUGUUUUUUCAGUUUCCGAAUCUUUUGCCCCACUGUGAAAAAUUGCAAUCACGAGUACUUUAAUCUCGACUAAACACUCGUUCAAGAGUUUAUUUUUUAACGAAUCUGAUAGCAUAACUGCAAGAAACUGUUAAAUAUUUUCUUUGAACUGCGAGAACAAAAAACAGUUUUGAUUAGGAUUUAAAAAAAAAGAUAUUUAAAAUAUUUCAACAGGAUUGUAAAAAGAAUUACUCCAAAAUUGCAAAAAAUGUAAAAAAAAAAAUGUCAACAUGAAUACAUGAUCCCAAGUAAAAAUAUUUUUUUAUGAAUAAUAAAAGGACCACAAAACAUUUGCAUAUAGAAUGUAUGUUGGUGUAUGUUGUAAACUUGUUUCCUACGAAAAAAGAUAAUUUUGUUUAGUAUUUCUUUCUACGCUGAGAAACAAUGAGAAGGAUAGUGUGUUGAUUAUCGUGGACAAAGCUUAUGUAAAUAGUUAAUUUUUAUUCCUCUUUUUCUUUCUUUCUUUUUAUCUUUCUAACUUGUCUUUUUUAUUUCCUUUUAACUUUGUUUUGUUGUGUUCCGCUGUGUAACGAGGGUCUUUUGUUGAGAUCAGUGUCCUGAGGCAACAGCCAGUCGUGGAGGGGGGGCGUCUUUCGUCAAAAGUAUGAAAGUAUUUCUUAUGUAUUGUUCUCUUUCUAUAUAUAUGGGAUCUUGCAAGCAUAUCACAGUGAAAUUUGGUAUAAUCCCCGAAACCUUAAAACAAUUGCGUGUAAUUGAGGAAAGGAUAGAUGACAGUGUGACUGAGGAAGGGUCAGACGAUGUAUGCGAUCUUGUAUCGGUUGCUCAUCGUUCAUUUUUUUAAAUAUUUGUCACGUGAUGUGAAUUUGAAUCAAACACUGUUUUGAAUUUUCUGACACUUGUAUUCCUUUUGGCAUGGAAUCACAAAAGAACUCUCUUUUUUCUCUUUCUAUUUCAUACACCCUCCCUCAAAAGUGUUCCCCUCUCUGCUGUAUCUAUUACUCACUCACACACACAAACACACCAACACCAGCUUGAUAGGAGCUGUGGUCAGAAUGCAGUAAAACAAAAUUCUUUUUGUAGGGAAGGACCUCAGAUUGAAAUGGCAGAUAUCCGUAUGACAUUCAAGCAGAUCAUGUUUCUUGUUCAUCGAAUUGUUUUAUUUUUAAGUUGCAGGUGCACCCUUAAAAUGAUGAUUGUGAAUGUGAAAGAAUAUGUACAAAAAUGAGUUUAUGCUUAUACUGAGACUCCAGACAAAUAUUUUGUCAAGGUUGUUUUUGUUACCGGUUUUGAUGUAUCGUUAAGAAGCUGAUGAACAUAUUCUUUAUUAUACUGAACCAGUCUUCCAUGAUGCUGAUGUUAAAUUAAUGAAACAGUAACAUCCAUCGGGACAGACCUUGAUAUAUCAAAAAUGAAUAAGCAUAAAUUAAUAAAAAUGUCUGCUGAUGUCACGCUAAAGGUUUCAUUCAAAUGUUUAUUUAAAGAAGGAAUAAUAAGCUGUGUGUGAUGAAAUAAAGAAAGGUAUCAAGUGCAUAGAACAGUUUAGCUCGAAAUCUUAAUCAGUCUUGUCUUAAUUUGUCUUUGGCAUAAAAACCCUUCAGCACACUAAGACAAAAGAUUGUUACAUACUCACACGUGUACAGUGUGUGCAAGAAGACAUGUUCAUAGCAAAGUCAGAUGAGAAGCAAGAUACAAAUCAUUGUCAUUGCAAGAAUAAGAAAAUUAUCCGAGUUUAGAAGGAUGCUGUGUACGUUUUGAUGUAUUAAACAUUCUUCAAAGCAGGUGCCCGACUAAAACAAACACUCGACAACGAAAUAAAAGCGAUGAAAAAAGC